AUGGCUCUAAGCACCACCUACCAAUACCACCCCAUCAUAACCGCCGAGGCAGACCUCCCCACCGCCCGCAAGCGCCGCGCGAUCUACCUGCGCCCCUUCCUCCUCUUCUACCUCAGCUCCCUCGCCGCAGAGACCAUCUUCCUCGCGGUCGGCGUCUUCAUCAUGACCGGCACCCGCGACCUCUACUACAAGGUCCUGUGGACGCUCGUCUUCUGCCCGCUGGGCAUGGGCGGCGCCAUGGGCGGGCUGAUCAAUUUGUUCAUCGUCGACCACCACUACGGCGAGAGGGCGGCGCACUUCACGGGGAUCCUCUCGUUGCUGGUGCUCAGCAGCUGCAACUAUCUGUGCUACAAUCUGGACCGGCAUUUUGGGUGGUUCGGGGCCACUGACCACCCAAUGUGGUUCCAAUGGCGGUAUCCGAUGAUUUGGGCAAUGGGGUAUGUGAAUGGGUUGCUGUUGUUUACGGAUGAAGGGCAGACGAGGUUGGCGCGGUGGGGGCUGUAG